AUGUCGAACGGAAAAGGUUUCGUUGAUGGCCUACUAAAAUCGCACAAGGUUGUUGUAUUCAGCAAAUCCUAUUGUCCAUAUUGCCAUAAGGCUCGCAGCGCACUGGACAGCCAAAACAUUAAGCCUGACGCCCUUAAAUGGGUUGAGAUUGAUGAACGCCCAGAUUGUGACGAUAUUCAAAAUUAUCUAGGAAGUCUAACUGGAGCCCGCUCAGUUCCCCGCGUGUUCAUCGGAGGAAAAUUCUUUGGCGGUGGUGAUGACACGGCGGCUGCUGCCAAGAAUGGAAAGCUCGCCGAGCUUCUCAAAAACGCCGAAGCUUUGUGA